AUGGAAACUUCUCCCCUUUUGUUGAUUCCAGAGGAGGAAGAGCCAGUAUAUAGGCCAGAUGUGGAGGAUAAGCUUACUCGUUCAGUUAGCUGCUUUGGGUGUUGUUUUGGGCAACAAGAAGAUGGACGUGAGAAGUGGUGGUUGCAUGGUGGGUUGUCACGCAGUAUAAAAAGGGCAAAAGAAUAUUCUGGAUCUGUUAUUGUUGAGGCUGGGAAUUAUUGCUGUGGAGGAAAGACAUGGAAAACUGUGGUUCACAGGUUAAGAAAUAAGAAUAAUAGCAAGAGCCAAAAAAGAGGCGAGCGAUUUCAAUAUGAUCUGCCCAGUUAUGAGCUUAAUUUCGAUGCUGGGUCCAGAGAGGAAACGGGUUUGCCCUAA